AUGAAGGGGUACCGGCCAAGCUUCUUGUCGAAUCCAUGCAUAGCCAUCCUUUCAGCCUUUACCUUUAUUGUGCCCACGUUGCUAUUGAUUCUCAUGAGUAUAUUUAGGACCCAGCUGGCAGAGCUCGACAAGAUGAUAGCUGCAUAUAUGCGUUAUGCUCCAGAUGAUUCACUGCACCAAAAGCCCCUUCCAUACAACACUGGUUUCAUCUAUUACUUAAACGUCUCUGAGAAUGCCAUUAUAACCAUUCCAAUCAUCUAUGUCGGAGCAAUGCUUGGUCUCUUUUGGACGGCAACAAGGACCAAAGCGCUUCUCCCGUACCUAUAUGUCCUUGUUGCUGCGAUAGUGUACAUUGGCAUGGCAAAUCUGACGACUCUUGUACUCAAGAUAGCUCUAAACAGACCUCGACCGCGGCAGAUAGCGGAGUUUACCACGGUUAGCGGCCCUACUGUGACAUUCAUGCCUGUGUUCAGCAGGUACACCGGCCCCAAUCCGGCAAAUCUGAAGCUGUACUCCACUCCAUCGGGUCACACAAUGUUCAUGGCUAGUGCAUUAUUCCCGCUUCCCAUAUUAACAUAUCUGCUGGCUCAAAUGUAUAUCAAGGUUGUAGAUAGCGAGCGUACUCCCAGCACAAGUGGCCAGGGACGGCUUAAGUACAUGCUUUGGCUUGUAUUCUUUUAUCUCGGCGUUGCCAUCACGGCUGUCUUCGCUAUACUUAUGCCCCCGACAAUGGCGUACGCUAGGUACGCGGCGAGUGCACACUUCUUUACAGAUACAGUUGUUUCGAUCGUGCUAGCGUUCCUCCAUUUGGUGCUGAUUUUCCUAUCUCUUCCGGAUCUUCGCUGUCUAGAAAAGGCUCCCAGUUCAACGAAAUAUGCAGAGAGCAAUGAUAACGACACAGCUCAAGCAGUCUCUUCAAGCGCGCUAUCAACAACUAUCAGUGCCCUGCCUCCCUAG